UGAGCUUGAACUUCGCUCAUCACUAUGGACGGUAGCGAAAUGGGGCUGUUUGGCACGCUGCGGCUGAUGAAACGGACGUCCGAUGAACAGGUAGCAGCAUUCCCAAUCGACGAGGAGGCAGUUACCUUUGGCCGCGAUCCGACGUGCAGUGUGCGUCUCUAUUACCCAGAGAUCAGUGCUCUGCAUGCAAAAAUUGUAUUUCAGGAAAGAAAGGCUUUUCUCGUCGUUCUUGGCGACGCAGGCCUCACCAUCGACGGCUGCCCCGUGCUCCCAUCCACCAACGCCUCACUUCCCACAACAAUUCCCGUUUCCAACAACUGCGAAAUAGAAAUACACAAGAAACGUUUCAUAUUCUCUUAUCCGCCCAAGCAGCUACGUUCUCCGCUAUACAACAUCGAUUCACCCGUUAAGCCUGAAAAUGGUGGCGGCGGUCGGAGAAAAUUACGAAUGAGCAUGAUCCAUAGCGCUCAAGUAUUCACCCCUCGUGGAAAACCCUCUUCAGAUCCACUUGCAAACCUCCGAAUUCUCCAGAGUCCACUCAAACAACUUGUGCCCUCCCCGCGCAAGCCCUCUGCGCUGAAGAACUCCCACACCCCAGAACCAGAGGAAAUAGAAGAGGAAAUCGUGCUUGUGGAGUCUAACACUCCACAUGUCGUACAGGAAGAUAGGGAUCUUGUUAUCCUCGAGCAUGUCGAUGUCCAAGCCCUUCCUCCGCCCACCCCACCUAUGCAUAGGCCAAGACCAAGUAUGAACAUAUACAAGACUCCGAACAAGCGUACUCGCUCCUCGUUGCACCGUGCUGUACUUAUUCGCAGUGUACAUCGUGCCGUCAUGGCACGUGAAGAAGAGGAUGAAGAGAAAGAAGUCGAAGAGGUGAUUGUAGGCGAGACGGCUGUGGAGGAGGUCGAGGAGAAUGAGAAUGAGAAUGGUAACGACGAAGAAUUAAAUGACAAGCACGAAGGAAGUGCAGGGAUCGAGCAUGAAGAAUCUGACGAAGAUGGAAGUGGCGCAGACUCAGACACCGCUGAGGAGCCUACUCCUCAACCAAGCACAUGGCGCCAAUCUCUCAAUGCCGUGCGUGCACGCGUUGUAUGGCCUUUCCGCUCGAGUUCCACUGCGCCCGAAGAAAACGAUGACGACGAUGACCAGCAAGAUGAGGAUGAGGACGAGCACGAUCGAAUGGACAUCGACCAGGACGCUCAGCCCCCACCCCCAUCCUCCUCCCCACCUCCUGCUUACAUGGCACCCCAAGCCCAACCACACCUUACACCUGCAAGAGCCCCACGACCUCUGGGCUCAUUUAUGACGCCCCAAGUAUCGCACCUACAAUCAGGUAUCAACGCUGGAAUUGGCCGCGGUGCGGGACGCAACUCUUUUGGUGGAGCGUUGCGCGUACCGUCACCUUCUAAAGUGUCGGCACCAUCUGGUCCUAUAGAGACAUGGGGAGGUGCUAAGAGAGUACGCGUCGAGCCGAAGUGGCGCAUUGGAGAUAUUGAGGUGCGAGGUGUGGAGGAGGUGAAGGAAGAGGAGAAGGAAGGGACAGGAUUUGGGAGGACGCGGGUGAGUGAGGAGGAGAGGAAGGUGAGUACAUGCGUUUGCUUUUACUUUUCUGGAAGUUGGGGAAUGGCACGGAGGGUGCAGUUUGAGUUUCAUUUGAAGUGGCCUCUCUAUAAGCUCGGAUUGUUGUGAUACAGGGCGCAUAUAUAUUGCCGCCUUUUUGGUGUCUCUUGUCAUCCCUCUUGACCUUCUUUUCUUGUAACAUUUCUCUCCCAAUGAUGCGUCUUCCAGCUAACCACCAACAUCCAGGCCAUCCAAGAACGCCGUAAA